AUGGCGGCGGUGCGGCUGCGGCUGGCCCUGUCGGUGCUGUGGCAGCUGGCGGCGGCCGGGCGAGGGUUGGAGCUGGCGGGGCUGGAAGGGCCGCGGGGGCGGGCGGCUCGGUGCCAGCCCGUCGACAUCCCCAUGUGCCGGGGCAUCGGCUACAACCUGACCCGCAUGCCCAACCUGCUGGGCCACGAGAGCCAGCGCGAAGCCGCCCUCAAGCUGCACGAGUUCGCCCCGCUGGUGGAGUACGGCUGCCACGUCCACCUGCGCUUCUUCCUCUGCUCGCUCUAUGCGCCCAUGUGCACCGACCAGGUGAGCGCCAGCAUCCCUGCCUGCCGCCCCAUGUGCGAGCAGGCCCGCCACAAGUGCGUCCCCAUCAUGGAGCAGUUCAAUUUCGGCUGGCCUGAGUCCCUCGACUGCGGCAAGCUGCCCACCAAGAACGACCCCAACGCCCUUUGCAUGGAGGCUCCUGAGAACGCCUCGGCCGCCGAGCCCCACAAGGGGCAGGGCAUGCUGCCCGUGGCCCCCCGGCCCUGGCCACCGGGCACUGUCGAGGGGCGGGGGCCGAACGGUCUGGUGGCCUGCGACAACCCUGAGAAGUUCCAGUACGUGGAGAAGAGCCUCUCCUGCGCACCCAGGUGCUCCCCUGGGGUGGAUGUCUACUGGUCCCGGGAGGACAAGGACUUUGCCUUCAUCUGGAUGGCCGUCUGGUCCACCCUCUGCUUCGUCUCCACUGCCUUCACCGUCCUCACCUUCCUGCUGGACCCCCACCGGUUCCAGUACCCCGAGAGGCCCAUCAUCUUCCUCUCCAUGUGCUACAACGUCUACUCUGUGGCCUUCAUCAUCCGUUCAGUGGCAGGGGCUGAGAACAUUGCCUGUGACCGGGAGAACGGUGAGCUCUACAUCAUCCAGGAGGGGCUGGAGAGCACAGGCUGCACCAUCGUCUUCCUCAUCCUCUACUACUUUGGCAUGGCCAGCUCACUCUGGUGGGUUGUCCUCACGCUCACCUGGUUCCUGGCCGCCGGGAAGAAGUGGGGACAUGAGGCCAUCGAGGCCCACAGCAGCUACUUCCACAUGGCCGCCUGGGGCAUCCCGGCCAUGAAGACCAUCGUCAUCCUCACCAUGCGGAAGGUGGCGGGGGAUGAGCUCACAGGGCUGUGCUAUGUGGGGAGCAUGGACGUCAGUGCCCUGACCGGCUUUGUCCUCAUCCCCCUCUCCUGCUACCUGGUCGUCGGCACCUCCUUCAUCCUCACAGGCUUCGUCGCCCUCUUCCACAUCCGGAAGAUCAUGAAGACAGGUGGCACCAACACGGAGAAGCUGGAGAAGCUGAUGGUGAAAAUCGGGGUCUUCUCUAUCCUCUACACCGUCCCGGCCACUUGUGUCAUCAUCUGCUACUUCUAUGAGCGGCUGAACGUGGAUUACUGGAACCUCAGGGCCCUGGAGCAGGGCUGCCUGCACCUCCCUGGCCGACGUGCCGCCAACUGCUCCUUGGACGCCUCGGUGCCCACCGUGGCCGUCUUUAUGCUAAAGAUUUUCAUGUCCCUGGUGGUGGGCAUCACCAGCGGGGUGUGGGUGUGGAGCUCCAAGACGCUGCAGACCUGGCAGAGCCUUUGCAACAGAAAGCUGGGCGUGAGGACGAGGGGCAAGCCCUGCAGCGGGGUGAGCUGUGGCGGGGUGCACUGCCACUACAAAGCCCCCACGGUCAUGCUGCACAUGACCAAGACGGACCCAUACCUGGACAACCCCACACACGUCUAG